AUGUAUUACAUCUGCGUUAAUUGCGGUUUAGUGGUUCAGAACAUUCGUGUUGUUGAGCAAACGUGCCUCAUACCUUCAUCUCCGGGUUAUGAUCCAACUGCCGUUUCUGCUAUACAACCACCUAUAACGCCAACUUACGGACCUCAGGUUAUCGCUCCUCAAAUUCACGCUCAGCUUACUGCUCUGCCGAGCACAUCUCUUGUACAUAAUUUGACUCCAAUCUCUCUUCACCUUCAUGGGCCUCCAUCAGUUGCAUCAAAUUAUGCAUAUUUUCUACCACAUCCGCCACUGAUGAGUUUACGCCUGCCAACAACACCAGUGCAGUAUGUGUCGCCGGAUAUUCCAUUUGCGGAGCAUACUUUUUUUCCACCACUCAUAAAUGAAAUCCCGGAGGAAUAUUCUGGUCUUCAACGUUCACUGGAUGAAAUUCCUAUCCCUGUGUCAACACCUGCAAUUCCAGUGAAUGGUGCCGGUGGUUGGGAUCACAGUGCAGCACACUAUCGCCUUUAUCCCGGGUUUUCGUAUCUCCCUAGAGCGAUUAAUACACAAAUGGAUUCAGUAGUUUCCCGUGUUCGAAUUGCUCAAGCAGCUGCUCAGGUUGGCGUUGAUCCGGCUACUGCGACACAGAUGCUGGCAAAUGCUAAUAGGGCUCGUCAUCCUAUCGCAGUCGAUUAUUUUGGAGACAGCACCCGAAAUUCCAUUCCUUUAGUUGAGGGACCCGUUGCUGUUCCAACGAUGGCUGCGGAAUGGAUGCCACAGCAAGCGGCACUUCAAACUACCAUCGAAACUGUAUCAGCAGCCAAUUAUCAUCAGCAAUUAGAAAGAUUGGCAAGUGGUGAGAUCCCAUUCCGUGCAUGGGAAGCAGCAGUCCUUCAUAUCUUUGAUCGUAUGGCACCUCAAAUGAAUCCUGCCCGUCUGCCACCUAAAGGGAUGACAAAAAAUGAAAUUGACCAGCUAAAGUCAUUCCGUAUCACUGACCCGGCACUCCUAAUGGAAAAAGUAUGCGUAAUUUGUCAGUGCGAUUUUGAAAAACGCGAUCUGGUCCGUAUGCUACCGUGCGGACAUCAUUUUCAUCUAAAAUGCAUUGAUAAAUGGCUGAAAGGUAAUCGCACAUGCCCAAUUUGUCGCCAGAAUGCUGCACCGGACGAAGACGAGACUGUAGAAGGAGCAUCUGCCCAAGGUAAUAGAGCGCCUGCAGCAAUGACGGGAGGAGUAUCUGAUGGAGCAGGAGCCGAAAAUAUUUUAUUGGAUGAGAUUGGUGAUUACGAAAAUCCACGUGCGGCGAUACAGGUUAUUACACAAAUGGCACCAACACCAGAGCCAUCGGAUGCAUCGUUUCAUGAUUCGCGUUUCUAA